CAUCCAAUGAAUAUAUUUAUGCAUAAUUCGACUCCAAAGUUAACCAAUAUAGGAAUAUAUAGAAUACAUGGUUUUAAUGGGCUUCCAUUUACUCCAUAUAGCCCUCCUGAAGAUUUAACUAAAUAUAGAACAAAUGAUAAAACAAAGUUAAAUAUCUAUAGCCUUGGUGUUUUAAUGUGGGAAAUAUCUAAUGAUGGUAUUGAACCUUUUAAUGGAAACUGCAGUAUCGAAUUAGCAAUUAAAAUAAUUAAUGGUGUUAGAGAAUUUCCUAUAAAAGGAACUCCUCUUAAAUAUAUUAAUCUUUAUAAAAAGUGUUGGGAUAAUAAUUCAGAUAAAAGACCUAGUUGUGAUCAAAUCUUAAAAGAAUUAGAAAAUAUAUCCUGUGAUAAAGUAUAUGAUAGUGAUCUUAUGGAUAUUGAUCUUCCUACUAAUGCUAGCGAAACUGUGUUCACUAAGGGUUGUUGGUUGGAUUUCAAUAAACAUAAUAUUGUUUUUAAUGGAGAAAAUUCACUAACCUUGGAUAAUCAAUCACAAUUAAUUAUUGAAUUUCCAAGUCAACUCAUUGAUAAUAAUUAUCAAAUUUUUGGAAGUGUUGUUGUAAAGAAAAGUUUAGAUAAUAUAAAUUUUUAUUGGGAAAAUGUUCAAGGAGUAACAGUUACAUUUGAGAAUACAGAUAAAUAUAAAUGUGCGGCAUUCAUUCAUAAAAGUGAUAAUAUAAGUUUAAAUAAAGAUGAAACGAAAAUAGUGUGGUUUGUACUUACUAAAUCAGAAACAAACUUUGUGAAUAAUUAUAAAGACAUGAAAGUUGCCUAUGGAAAAAUCGAAAUAAAUGAUAUUUCAACUAAUAUAUAUUUAAAGACUGAAGAAAUUUAUACAGAUUCUGUUCUUGUAACUUCAUUUGCUUCUAAUACGCAAAAUGACGUAUUACUUUAUGAUAUUGAUGUCAAACGUUUGUCCAAUAUUACGAUUGAAUUAAAAGUAAAAAAGAAUAUUGAAACCGAUUUUGUGAGAGAUAUUGACGAUAAAAUAAUUCUCAAUUGGUGUAUGAUUGAUAUAAAUGGAAAGAAGUUAACGAAUAAUAAUAAAGAAGAAUAUCCAUGGAAUCUAUUUGGGAUUACUUUUAGUGAUGGAUUUAGAAAAGAUGAUACUAUUACAAGAUAUUGUGAACCGAAUUGUUCAUCAAUAACUCGGGAAAAAGCAAUUGAACUGCAUUGUAAAUACAAUAAUUCAUUUGAAACUCCUUUUAAGUUAUUAGACAAAGAAAAAAAUCCUAUAGCAAUAAAAUUUGCCGGAUGUUACCAAUGUGAAGAUGCUGAAUUAUGUUGUAAAGUUACUGAAGAAGCAGAUAAUACUCAAGGAAUGAAAUAUUAUGAUGAAUCUGCAGAUUGCGGGGAUUCAACCAAAAAUUUAAUUUAUGAUUUUAGAUUUUCUACAAAUGAACUCAAUGGAAUAUUCAGUUUGGGUGGUCUUUUAUAUUUGGAUAAGAAUCUUAAAAAUGGAAAGGCAUGGUUUAUACGGAUAGCUAUAAGAGAAUCUCUAAAGACUUAUGAACCUUCAGAGACCUGUGACCCUUCAGAGACUUGUGAACCCCCAAAAACCUGGGAAUCGACUUAUGAACCUUUAGAGACUUGUGAACCUCCAAAAACCUGGGAAUCUCUAACAAUCAAUGAACCUUUAUCAAUCAAUGAACCUUUAUCAAUCAGAGAACCACCGGGUAGAAGAGACCUAUCAAAAGUAAUCAAAUUUAAUAACGCAUGCGCAUUGAAGAUACCAAAUUCAACUAUUCCAUAUUCUUUCAAGGAAACUAAGUUGAAUUGUGAAUUCGCCUUAGUUCCUAAAUCGCCUAUUUCACGUGGCGAUGAUUUUUAUUACAACAAUUGCAAACAUCAUACUCCAUCUCUUAAUAAUCUAGUAGAUGAGAUAAAAAUCAAUAUUUUUAGAUUUAUAUCAUAUCCGAAAAAUUUAUCAUUAACAUGCAAAGAUUGGAACAACAUUAUCAAUGAUUCACAAGCAAGAGCAGAGUGGAUUCUUUAUCAAUUCGGAGCUGCCCAUUCACUUUUUCAUGCAGUUAGACUUGGUCCAAGUUUUAUAAAUAUUUAUGUUGUUCAAUCUAUACUCGCUAAGGGUGGUAUAUUUUCUCGUUAUUUUAUACAACGGUUAUGUAUGCAUUUUGGUCGUUAUGAUAAUCAACUCAUCGAGCUUAAAAUAAAACAUAUGAGUCAAGUCGAUGCGGAACGAGUUCAGCGCCUUCAAAAACAAAAUGUCCCUUGGGGUAGUGAUUUACCUAUUCCAGUUUUUACUUAUUUAGUCACAGAAGCUGCAAAACGUUUUAAUGAACAGGGACUUGUCUUAAAAGGAAAUGAUUUAGAGCUUUUUCAUUUUUACACAGCAGGCCCUCAUAUUAUUACAAACGCCCAGAAUAUACUGAUAAAAAAUAUCGAUUCAAUCAGAAAAUUAAUCGUUCAAUUUAAAUUUAUACCAUUUCCUCCACGGCCUGGCGUUAAAAAAUCAGCCAAUUCUCCUGAAGAAUAUCCUCCAAAAGAUGGAUUUGAAAAUAGUAGACAAUUAAAUGUUAUUGCAAGAGCAAUUUUGAUUCAUAAAGAGUUAGUUAACAUGUGGAUAGAAAUAGGUUAUUUUAAUAUAUGUGAAGAUGUAAAUGAUCUUGUUUUGCAAGGAGCGAUUUUAAUUCUUUACCCACCUAUGCCUCCUAAUGAAUGGGUCCGGCCAAAUGUAGAAAAAGUUAAUCAACGCCUCUCUGAAUUUCUUGAGCUUGGUUUUAAAUUGUCUUACUCGCUUAUCUGUGAUGUUUUCCAGUUAUUUGAAAAUAGAUUAGAAGAUGUUGGCGAAACUUUACUUUCUUCAUUUUUAUCUCUAAAGGAAGAUACUCACGAAUAUUUUUUUAAGAAUUGUAUAAUAGAGGCAAUCAAGCCAGAACGUAAUCUUAAAAAAACCAACUUAUUAGACUUCUUAUAUCGUAAAAUGAAUGAAAAUCAAGAAAAACUAUUCUUAAGUGCGAUGGAAUUUUAUGGAUUAGAUAAUUAUUUAAUAGAUUAUGAGAAAAUUCAAACAUACACUUCUUCCAUGAAGCCACUUAUUUUAUCUUCUACUUAUUAUCAUUGGGCCCUUUUUAAAUUUAAGGCCGAUUCAUCUGUACCAUUUUUUUGCUUUAAAGAUAUUUUACAAACAAGAAUCAGUAUAGACAUCGGACGUCGAAAUUCAAAUAUGACUCAUAAUAGUAUAACUCAAUGUGAAAUUGAAAUAACAUGCAACAUUUAUAACAUUUAUUGUAAUACUGGAAAUUUUUUCCUGCCUAAUUAUAUGGAAUUAAUUUCUCAUGCAUUCGAAGCUGAUAUACUUGGUCCAUUAUUUGAAGGUUAUUUACCUGAAUUGUACAAUUUUCCAAUUAUUUUCCAAUUCCCGUUACCAAUAAUUGAAGAUGGUGAUGCUAUUCAACCUUUACCACCAAUUGUUGAAGAUACUACUACCCUUAGUAAAAAACAUACAAAACGGUCCUAUUCCUUACAAUUAAUUAAAGAUUGGUCUAUUGUAUUGGAGAGAAUUAAUCAUGAUAUUAUGGUUGAAUCAAAUAAUAGAAAUGUUACCGAGAAUUUUAAAGUUUAUUUUAAAGCAUUUUUUACUUUACUUGAUAAAUGA